AGCCGAGCCAUGAAAGACAUUAACAGUGAGAACAAGACAUUUAACCGACUGCAGGGAAGCAGGGUGACGUGGUCAUAGCUAGAAGGUCAGAAGACAAUCCCAGCCGUGAGACAGGAGGGAGGGGUUUGACCUGGCUGUCGCGGAGGCCUGGAAAGGAGGUUGCAGGAUCGAGGCCAGAGAUGACGAGGGCUCAGAGAGUUUUUAUGGUCCUUGGUGCCUUCAAAAUAUGUAGCUUUUGGUGCAGGGCUCAAUCAUCUCCAGGGCAGAGUACUCUCAAAACUCUGGGCCCAGGGCAUUCACUCGCACCAACAUCCCUGAUGGAGGGAGCAAAGGUCACGGAUCUCCCCGGUGGCUGCACUGCCAGCACUUCCAAAGCCAGCAGCUACUCCGCGGCUUUACGGAUGGAUGGGCAGCAGAAACGUAUUAGCCCUGGCUGUGUUACAUCUCUGCCAUGAGCAAUGCAAAUGGAUGGGACAAUGCUGGCCUGCCCACUGCCCCCUUUGUCCCCCCCACCCACUGCCUGCCUCUACCCCAGCCAGCUCCUUGGACCCAUGUCACAGAUGCAGUUACCAGCUCAAGGCAUCGGUGCCUGUGUCACUCUGGUGGUCCGGCUUGCAGCCCUUUCACUGCCCUUUUCUGCCCUAGAGUGUUGCUGCUGCGCAAGCGCCCCCUUGUGGCCAGGGAUGCCUCUGCAGUGUCUUGCCUCUAAUAGCCCCUUAUGGGCCCCUUAAGCACCCCAGAGAGUCUUGUACCCAAAGCCGCCGGGUCUCAGCCCUGUGGCUCCUUUGCUUGCCCUCCUGCUCCUUCCUCCCUCUCAACCAGCCACACACCUGCUGCAUCCUGCUGCCUCUUAUAUUAAAUCACCUGCAUCCGCUCAGGUGAGGCUCCUCUUGUACUCCGGCCUGGCUUACCCCAGACAAGAUGCUCUGUUACAUGCCCACAGAGGAGACGCUCAGGUGUGCACCUGUGUGUGGUUUCACAGGUAAGUUUAGGUCUCAGGUUUAGUUGCAGCUCCAAAAAGGCAGUUACUCACUCACUGCUGAGAGUGAUGCCAACUCUCGAGAUGUUUUAUCCAGGUUUCGGAAUCCAGAGAUCGCACGAGAGUCUUGGCUUUCAUCAAAAAUGGUUUUUCGCUCUACUGGCUGAGGAGAAAAGCUUGAAAAUAUCACCCAAGUGCACUGUAGCAGCUCAGAAACCAGACUGGCAAAUAAAAAGAAACGUGCUGGACUCACACCUUGCUAAAUUCCGGCACCAGCCACAAGCCUUGGGGGAGCUGAAGGGAAUGAAACUGCUGGCUGCCUGCUUCAUGUACCUGCUGCUCACCUGUCUGGCCCUGCCCAAAGCCGAAUGCCGACUCCACGAGCGAUCCAUGGAAAUCAGGAACCCUGAUAUCGACCCUUCCUGGUACACAGGGCGUGGGAUCAGACCCGUGGGACGCUUUGGCCGGAGGAGAGCUGUCGUGGAGAGCUCCCGGAAGUCGGGCUAUGGACACAGGCAAGCUUGCUUCCCUCUAGAAGAAAGCAGUGACUCCCUUCAAGAUGAAUGAAAUGGCCAAGACAAAGAAUGAAUUUGAAUGAUGAUAAGAAAAGACCCUUCUCCUCUCUCCCUUCCACAUCCCAGCCUCUCUUCUAGGCACAUGAAAAUGUUUGGUCUCAUUUCAAUGUACAGAAUCUUUGUGGCUAUAAAUGAUAGAAACCAAAGAGCCGUUGAUAACUCCAGUAUUUUUGCAGACAAUUUCCCUCUCGUCUGUUUUUUCUUUUUCUCUCCCCUGUUCCCCAUUUGUCCCCAUCUCUGGUUUUUGCUCUUAAAUCUAACAUGAUUUGUGCCAGAAAAUUGCUGGGGGAAAGAAAUACAAAUUCCCAUGUUAAUUAUCUUCCUAGAACAUGGGCUCUUUUAUACAAACCAAAAAAAUAAUUUAAAAAAUUGAGAAACCGAGCCCGGCACGUGUCUGCUGUGACUUGAAACGAAUCAGACUUAUCUCCACUCUCCUGGGCCGUAGGAUCUUUAGAACCGAGCGGCGUCACUUUCCCCUGAGAUUGCGUCAAUUGCGAACAAUUUCUC